AUGGGACAACAAGCACCUUACAUUGUCGACAAAAAUUCUUGUGUAUCAGUCAAGUGUGCCGAGUACUGUCCUGUUUGGAACCGAAACUUGGACGUCGCGUGCCAAACAGGAACGAAAGCUCAACACCUUACACCUGGUGUGCUUAUGGAGGAUCUUGGGUGCUACGAAUAUGACGAUCAUAUUGUGCAGGUGGUGAGCCUAGGGAGGUCGGAGCUAGCUGGAGGCACAGAAAUGAGCAUCACGAGCUGGGGUGCGCUCUCCACUGGAGACAAUUCCUCCCAACAGCUGCAGGUAGCCAUCACAGCCACCAGAGAGAGGUCCAAGUCCGCCGCCGUCCUCUGGCUGCUGGUCGCUGCCUGCAGCGCCGCGCCCUCCACCAGGGUCCGCUCGCCCAGGCCUCUCCUUGAUGGCCGCAUCGUGGGCGGUGAGCCUGUGGACAUCUCGCACUUCCCGUGGCAGGUCUCGAUGCAGGAGUUCGGCUCCCAUAGCUGCGGCGGCUCUAUCAUCAGCUCCACUUGGGUCCUGACGGCGGGACACUGCAUCGUCGGUUACACCGCAGACAUGCUCUCAGUGCGGGCUGGCAGCUCAAUUCGUGAUAGCGGGGGAACCGUCUACGAUGUUUCCAACGUGAUUGAACAUGAGCUUCACGACUCUUCCACACGUGAAUACGACUUUUCACUCCUUGAGAUUUCCGGUUCAUUCUCCUUUGACAGCAACGUGCAGGUUGUGAGCCUCGGCAGCUCAGAGCUCGCGGGCGGAACAGCAGUGACCAUCACGGGGUGGGGCGACUGCAGGUCUUGCAGCUCCCCCACGCAGCUGCAGGCAGUCACCACGCACCUCGUUGAGCGGGGUGUGUGUAACGAGGCCUACGGCGGCGCCAUCACGGACACCAUGAUCUGCGCUGGCAAAGAGGAGGGCGGCCUAGACUCGUGCCAAGGAGACAGUGGCGGACCCCUGGUGGAGGGCUCUACCCAGUACGGUGUCGUCUCCUGGGGCUAUGGAUGCGCUGAGGCCGACUACCCUGGCAUCUACUCUAAUGUUCCCGCCGCUCGGUCCUGGAUAACCGAAAUAACCGGCGUAUAG